AUGGCAACAGUCGUCUAUAACUAUUUCAGCGAGAAUUUUGGAUAUGUCAACAAUCAUAAUGAUGUUCAAUACCAAAGAAAAUAUGAAAGCUUUUCAACUAAAGAUUUGAAAAAAUCAUUAAAGAAAUUAAAAUUAGAAAACGGAGAUAUCUUGGAGAUCAAGUUUGUCGCAAAGAAACUGCGCAACCUUCUUAAUAAGUCUAAUACUACGGACCCAAAUAACACUGAUAGUCAUGCGUCUGCAAAUAUUGAUCACGACAGUCUGAUUGGUAAAAGUUUCUGGGGUUUCGUUAAACGAUUUUUCAAAAAGAAUACUAGCUCAUUUCCAUCAUUUAACCUAGCAGAAUGUACAUCAUAUUUUACCAAAACAUUGUCCGCGAUUAGCCCAACUAAAACAUUCAACAUCCCCAGUUGGAUCCCAAAAUUUGCAUCUCCCCAGACGCCUUUUAAUCUUGACCCCCCGACCUAUCAAGAGAUUACAAAUGUCAUCCGUAAAAUGAAACCGUCUGGCUCACCAUGUCCACUUGAUCAAAUAUCUAUCAUCUGUUUUAAACGCUGUCCUUAUUUGCGCUCGUACUUAACUGAGAUAAUCCACGCAGCCUGGUCUUGCGGUGUUGUCCCGUCUGAAUGGAAGAAAGCAUGCACGAUUCUAAUUCAUAAGAAAGGAGAAACAGCAAACCCAGCGAACUUUUGA